AUGCUUAUUUUCAAGCGCAUUAGAUUUAAAGAUGAACUGAAGGCAGGCGCCCCUCCAGGAACAGAAUUUGCAUGUUCAGAGUCAGGUUGGAUAACUAGUGAGCUGUUUGUUAAAUGGUUGCAACAUUUUAUUAGUUUUGCGAAACCAUCUACUGAUAGGAAAGUUCUCUUAAUACUGGAUGGGCACACCACUCACACAAAAAACCUAGAGGCCAUUUUACUUGCCAGAAAGCAUGGAAUUGUAAUGCUGUCCCUACCAUCUCACACAACACAUCGACUGCAACCCUGUGACGUCUCUUUUUUCAAGCCCCUAAACUCGUAUUACAAUCAAGCAGCUGAUAAAUGGCUUCGUACAAAUCCAAGCCAAAAUAUAACCCAGUUUCAGGUAUCGGCGCUUCUUGGGGAAGCAUAUGCUAAAGCAGCAUCUGUUGGGAAUGCUCUAAGUGGAUUUGCCAAAUGUGGAAUAUGGCCGUUGGACCCAAAUGUGUUUGAUGAUAGCGAAUACGUUUGUCUAUCUACCAGUACUAGUAGUACCACUUCGUUUAAAAAUCAAGUAAACUCGGAGAUAACCGAAGAAGUGAUUCAGAGCGCUUCACAGUUGACUAACAUUGAUUAUUCCAAUCCACUUGCAUCCACUUCAACAUCCUGUUUGCUAAACACAAAAGGUAAAUCAAGUAGUGAGCUGCCCAAAAGGAAAUCUGUUUCCGAAGUAUCACCUGUGCCCAUUUUGAAAAGAAAAUCGCGUAACCUGGCCUUGUCUUCUACUACAAUUAUUACAGAUAGUCCAUACAAGAACGAUCUUGAAAAAAAACAACUCAAAAAAAUUGAUGCUUCUUCAGCCACCAGAAAUGUAUUUUCUUCUGCAAAAGCUACCAGUAAAGGAAAGUCGUCCAAACUCGAUAACAAGAGACCUAUUACAAAGAGACGAAGUCUACAACAUGGAACGUCAAGCGAAUCUGAAUCGGAGGACGAAGAUUGUCUAUGCCUUGUUUGUUUAUUUCCAUAUUCUAAAUCGAAUCCAGGCGAAGAAUGGAUUCAAUGUAGGAUUUGUAAAAAAUGGUCGCAUCUUAAAUGUAUCAGUGGAAAAAAUGUUAAUUUCUAUGAAUGUAUCAACUGUGAAUCAUCAUCAGAUAGCGACUAA